AUGGGUGGUAUGGGAACCGUGACGGGAGCGCAUGAUGAGUUUGCCGAGUUGUUUACGACCGUUCUGGAAAUUGGCGUUGAUGUUGAAUUAGAGGGGGCGGUCACCGAUGCACAGACCUCCGACACAGCUGGCUGUAUUAGUGACAGAUUCUCGGACGUCAAAGCGAACGGGUCGCCUCCUGAACAGCAGCAGCAGCAAUCCGAGCAAUUCCCUCCCUUUCCACCAGGGUAUAAAGGGAACGGUGCAACCGCACCACGGCUCAUUCGUGAGUCGGACGGCAAGGCGAACGGGUCGCCUCCUGAGCAGCAGCAGCAGCAGCAAUCCGAGCAUUCCCUCCCUCUCCACCAGGGUAUAAAAGGGAAGGUGCAACCGCACCACGGCUCAUUCGUGAGUCGGACGGCAAGGCGAACGGGUCGCCUCCUGAGCAGCAGCAGCAGCAGCAAUCCGAGCAUUCCCUCCCUCUCCACCAGGUCGGACGGCAAGGCGAACGGGUCGCCUCCUGAGCAGCAGCAGCAGCAGCAAUCCGAGCAUUCCCUCCCUCUCCACCAGGGUAUAAAAGGGAAGGUGCAACCGCACCACGGCUCAUUCGUGAGUCGGACGGCAAGGCGAACGGGUCGCCUCCUGAGCAGCAGCAGCAGCAGCAAUCCGAGCAUUCCCUCCCUCUCCACCAGGUCGGACGGCAAGGCGAACGGGUCGCCUCCUGAGCAGCAGCAGCAGCAGCAAUCCGAGCAUUCCCUCCCUCUCCACCAGGGUAUAAAAGGGAAGGUGCAACCGCACCACGGCUCAUUCGUGAGUCGGACGGCAAGGCGAACGGGUCGCCUCCUGAGCAGCAGCAGCAGCAGCAAUCCGAGCAUUCCCUCCCUCUCCACCAGGUCGGACGGCAAGGCGAACGGGUCGCCUCCUGAGCAGCAGCAGCAGCAGCAAUCCGAGCAUUCCCUCCCUCUCCACCAGGGUAUAAAAGGGAAGGUGCAACCGCACCACGGCUCAUUCGUGAGUCGGACGGCAAGGCGAACGGGUCGCCUCCUGAGCAGCAGCAGCAGCAGCAAUCCGAGCAUUCCCUCCCUCUCCACCAGGUCGGACGGCAAGGCGAACGGGUCGCCUCCUGAGCAGCAGCAGCAGCAGCAAUCCGAGCAUUCCCUCCCUCUCCACCAGGGUAUAAAAGGGAAGGUGCAACCGCACCACGGCUCAUUCGUGAGUCGGACGGCAAGGCGAACGGGUCGCCUCCUGAGCAGCAGCAGCAGCAGCAAUCCGAGCAUUCCCUCCCUCUCCACCAGGUCGGACGGCAAGGCGAACGGGUCGCCUCCUGAGCAGCAGCAGCAGCAGCAAUCCGAGCAUUCCCUCCCUCUCCACCAGGGUAUAAAAGGGAAGGUGCAACCGCACCACGGCUCAUUCGUGAGUCGGACGGCAAGGCGAACGGGUCGCCUCCUGAGCAGCAGCAGCAGCAGCAAUCCGAGCAUUCCCUCCCUCUCCACCAGGUCGGACGGCAAGGCGAACGGGUCGCCUCCUGAGCAGCAGCAGCAGCAGCAAUCCGAGCAUUCCCUCCCUCUCCACCAGGGUAUAAAAGGGAAGGUGCAACCGCACCACGGCUCAUUCGUGAGUCGGACGGCAAGGCGAACGGGUCGCCUCCUGAGCAGCAGCAGCAGCAGCAAUCCGAGCAUUCCCUCCCUCUCCACCAGGUCGGACGGCAAGGCGAACGGGUCGCCUCCUGAGCAGCAGCAGCAGCAGCAAUCCGAGCAUUCCCUCCCUCUCCACCAGGGUAUAAAAGGGAAGGUGCAACCGCACCACGGCUCAUUCGUGAGUCGGACGGCAAGGCGAACGGGUCGCCUCCUGAGCAGCAGCAGCAGCAGCAAUCCGAGCAUUCCCUCCCUCUCCACCAGGUCGGACGGCAAGGCGAACGGGUCGCCUCCUGAGCAGCAGCAGCAGCAGCAAUCCGAGCAUUCCCUCCCUCUCCACCAGGGUAUAAAAGGGAAGGUGCAACCGCACCACGGCUCAUUCGUGAGUCGGACGGCAAGGCGAACGGGUCGCCUCCUGAGCAGCAGCAGCAGCAGCAAUCCGAGCAUUCCCUCCCUCUCCACCAGGUCGGACGGCAAGGCGAACGGGUCGCCUCCUGAGCAGCAGCAGCAGCAGCAAUCCGAGCAUUCCCUCCCUCUCCACCAGGGUAUAAAAGGGAAGGUGCAACCGCACCACGGCUCAUUCGUGAGUCGGACGGCAAGGCGAACGGGUCGCCUCCUGAGCAGCAGCAGCAGCAGCAAUCCGAGCAUUCCCUCCCUCUCCACCAGGUCGGACGGCAAGGCGAACGGGUCGCCUCCUGAGCAGCAGCAGCAGCAGCAAUCCGAGCAUUCCCUCCCUCUCCACCAGGGUAUAAAAGGGAAGGUGCAACCGCACCACGGCUCAUUCGUGAGUCGGACGGCAAGGCGAACGGGUCGCCUCCUGAGCAGCAGCAGCAGCAGCAAUCCGAGCAUUCCCUCCCUCUCCACCAGGUCGGACGGCAAGGCGAACGGGUCGCCUCCUGAGCAGCAGCAGCAGCAGCAAUCCGAGCAUUCCCUCCCUCUCCACCAGGGUAUAAAAGGGAAGGUGCAACCGCACCACGGCUCAUUCGUGAGUCGGACGGCAAGGCGAACGGGUCGCCUCCUGAGCAGCAGCAGCAGCAGCAAUCCGAGCAUUCCCUCCCUCUCCACCAGGUCGGACGGCAAGGCGAACGGGUCGCCUCCUGAGCAGCAGCAGCAGCAGCAAUCCGAGCAUUCCCUCCCUCUCCACCAGGGUAUAAAGGGAACGGUGCAACCGCACCACGGCUCAUUCGUGAGUCGGACGGCAAGGCGAACGGGUCGCCUCCUGAGCAGCAGCAGCAGCAGCCUGAGCCUUCCCCUCACCCUGUGA